AAAGAAAGAACAUGGGUUAAAAAAAUACUGUCAGUAAAAUAAGAAAGUACAGAAAGACACUCUAUUUAUGUCGUUAUCCUCCAUAAGUUUAUGACUCGUAAACUAGAAGUAGAACAGGCCAAUAGCCAAGCAGGAGAAAAUGGACAGAAGAAGUGUCAAGCUCAACAUUUCUCUUCUCUUGUUCUUCUUCUUCUUGUCUUCUUCCUCCACUGCUUAUUCAUUGGCUCAAACAAAUGCACAAAUUAAGAAGAGUUCAUUAGUACCAAAAGAAAAUCCAUUUACGGUAAAAGCUUCACUUGUUCGAUACUGGAACAAAGAAAUAUCCAACAAACUACCUAAACCAGAUUUCCUUUUCUCAAAAGCCUCUCCGCUCUCCGCCGUGGAAGCAGCCUUUUUCACCAAUCUCGCCACCCAAAAAUCACUCUCCGACCACGUUUCCUCCUUGUGCUCCUCCGCCAAAUUGCUCUGUUUUUCAAACUCGAAGGCGGACAUUGACAAAACCCCGAACAAAGAUGCAGAUUUUGCCGUUUACAGCAACAAAAAGUUCGCCAACUAUGGAUCAGCGCGCCUUGGCGGAGGAGACAAUUUCAAGAAUUACUCAGACGGGAUUAACUUCGCUUCAGGUGAAUUCACUAAAUACAGCAGGAGCUCCACAGGCCACCGCGAGGACUUCGCGAGUUAUGCAGCGGAUGGCAAUGUAGCUACUGGAAACUUCACAUCCUACGCCGCUGGAGCUACUGGCGGCGCAGGAACUUUCCAGAACUACAUGCCACGUGUCAAUGUUCCGGAUCUUAGGUUCGCUUCAUAUGAUUCAGAUGGUAACAAUCAUAAACUUACGUUCAAGAGCUACGUGGAUGAUACGAAUUCCGGAAGGGAAUUUUUCAUUAGUUACGCGAAAAAUGGAAAUGGGGUUCCAGCUGAAUUUGCUACGUAUGGUGAUACUUCGAAUGUUAUUGGAUCAUCGUUCAAUGGAUAUGGCGAAUCGGGCAAUGCUGCAAAUGAUUCUUUUAAGUCUUAUUCGUCGAAUUCUAACAAUCCGAAUAAUAAUUUCAAGAAUUAUGGGUCUGGUGGCAACAGUGGAAUUGAUAGUUUCGAGAGUUACAGGGAUUCAGCAAAUGCAGGCACAGACACAUUUACAUCUUAUGCAAGAGGUUCUAGUUCAAGCAAAGUGAAUUUCUUGAAUUAUGGGAAGUCAUUUAACGAAGGAAAGGACACUUUCAAAGGAUAUGGCACUCAAGGAGCUAAAUUUCCUACUGUUGGGUUUAAGGUUUAUGGUGUCAACAAUUCGUUUAAAGAGUACUCUCCAAAGGGUGUCAAUUUUGCUGGAUACACUAAAAAAACUGCCCCGACGGGUGGUUCUUUGAAGACCAGUGGCAAAAGAGUGAAUAGAUGGGUAGAAGAGGGUAAAUUUUUUCGCGAAUCCAUGUUGAAGGAAGGGACGGUGAUGAAAAUGCCCGACAUUCGUGAUAAAAUGCCUGGAAGGUCAUUUUUGCCCCGAACAAUUUCGUCUAAAUUACCGUUUUCUACCAAGGAGUUAACCGAGCUCAAGGCGAUUUUCCACGCUCAGGAUAAUUCCACCAUGGAGCAUGUGAUCCUCAAUGCGCUUGCUGAGUGUGAGCGCGCCCCAAGCCCAGGUGAGACAAAGCGGUGCGUGGGGUCUAUCGAGGACAUGAUCGACUUUGCAGUCUCGAUUUUAGGGCACAAUGUGGUAGUGAGGACUACUGAUAACGUAGUCGGGUCAAAAGGAGAUAUAAUGAUCGGAAAGGUCAAGGGAAUCAACGGCGGAAGAGUGACACAAUCAGUGUCAUGCCACCAGAGCCUUUACCCUUACCUACUGUAUUACUGCCACUCUGUCCCAAAAGUGAGGGUCUACCAAGCAGACAUUCUUAACGUUGUGGCAAAGACUAAGAUCAAUCAUGGUGUUGCCAUUUGUCAUGUCGACACGUCAUCGUGGAGUCCAGGUCACGGUGCCUUCGCGGCAUUAGGGUCGGGUCCGGGUCUUAUUGAAGUGUGCCAUUGGAUAUUUGAGAAUGAUAUGACUUGGGCCAUGGCUGACUAGGCAGUUGAUUGCAAUGACAUGGCUCUUUACUACUCCAGUAUUUAUUUUAUUUUUGUGUUGAUUUAUAUGUUGCCACAACUCCAAAUCACAUUUUGUAGUCCCACUCCUUGUGACUAGGUUUCGUAUUGAAAGCAUUUAAUGAUUGAAUUUCUCCUACAAAUGUGCUUUUCUCUUUUUUUAUCAUAUAAAGAGUGAGGUUGAAUUGGUUUAAAAGAGUGC